AUGCAACAGCAACAACAGCAACGUCGAAUGUUCACAGCUGCCUUCCUGGCACUUGUUUUCAUUCUGGCAGCUGUGAACACCACCGAGGCUGGCAAAAAAGAGAAACCAGACAAAAAGGCGAAGAAGUCUGACUGCGGGGAAUGGCAGUGGAGCAUCUGUGUGCCCACCAGCGGUGACUGUGGCCUGGGGACGCGCGAGGGCACUCGCACUGGAGCUGAGUGCAAACAAACCACCAAGACUCAGAAGUGUAAGAUUCCCUGCAACUGGAAGAAGCAGUUUGGAGCGGAGUGCAAAUACCAGUUCCAGGCUUGGGGAGAAUGUGACUUGAAUACUGCCUUGAAGACUCGAACCGGGAACCUAAAGAGAGCCCUUCAUAAUGCUGACUGCCAGAAGACUGUCACAAUCUCAAAGCCCUGUGGGAAGCUUACCAAACCCAAACCUCAAGUCAGUACAGCUGUAACUGGUCUUCCUCGCACACCAUCCGUGGAGUUACCAGAUAAGCACUAA